AUGCUUGGAAGGUGUUUCACUGGCUCUGUCUUGUACGUCUCAUUUGGAAGCUUCCUUUCAGUUUCAAGUGCCCAAAUUGAUGAAAUUGUAGGUGGGCUACGGGAUAGUGGCGUCAAGUAUUUGUGGGUGUUGCGUGGGGAAACUGCUCAGCAUGGAGAUGCUGGUGGUAGUGAUAUGAGCCUAGUGUUGCCUUGGUGUGACCAAUUGAAGGUGUUGUGCCAUCCAUCAGUAGGAGGGUUUUGGACACAUUGUGGAUGGAAUUCUACGUUAGAGGCUGCUUUUGCUGGUGUUCCUAUGCUUACUUUUCCUAUAUUGGGGGAUCAAAUCUCAAACAGUAAACAGGUUGUGGAGGACUGGAAGGUUGGAUGGAGGGUUAAGAAAGAUGUGGGAUCUGAAAAUUUAGUGACAAGGGGAGAAAUCUCUAAACUUGUGAAAAUGUUUAUGGAUCAAAAAAGCAAUGAGGGUAAUGAAAUGAAGAAAAGAGUAAAACAACUUCAAGAGGUAGUUGGUGAGGCAAUAACUUAUCAUUGA